GACUCAGUAGUCUGUUCUUGACACUAACGGCAGAACAAAAAUUUCUGGAAUCCUUUCAUUAUCAGCGAAUAGAGGAAAAGAAAGGAGAAUAGAAUAUGAAUAGAAAAGCUUUGGCAAUUUUGAUGAGAACCAGAAUGAGACCAACUGAUCCAAACAAGCUCUCUAUGUCUCCUAAUCGGAUUCAAUCCAGCUUUGAAAGCAAUCUAUUUGGUGAACAUGGAACCUCAUCUCCUAAGAAUUUUGAUUCUUCAAGCAACCCAGAAAGAGGAUUGAAGUUUGUGCAAGAGGCAUUACAUUCAGCUAUUACAUUAUCUAAAACUGAUAUCAUAGAUGAGGUUCUUAAUGACUUCUCCCAGGGAUAUUUUAAUCUCUCUUAUGAGAAUCGGCACGAAUUAUUACUCGUGCUCUCGAGAGAGUAUGAUGUUAGUAGAGUUCAACUACGGGAACUGAUACAGCAAUAUCUUAGUCUUGACAUUCCAAGCAUUAAAAAGGUUAUGGUUGAAGGUGAGAAGGCUCAAUCAUCUGAUCACGAUGUGCAAGCGUUGUUAUCAGCAUUUUAUAGGACUGAGCGAAAUUUGAGGCAUGCUCUCCAGCCAAAGUAUGAAACCCUUUUUGAAAGGCUGAAUACGCAUCCUGGCGGACUGAAAUUCUUGACAAUUCUGCGGAAUGAUCUUCUCUCUAUGCUUCAGGAGGAAAAUAGUGCACCUUUACGAGCGCUGGAUUCAUAUUUAAAGGAAAAACUUGUUACAUGGCUUAGUCCAGCUGCUUUGGAGCUUCAUCAAAUUACGUGGGAUGAUCCAGCAUCCUUGCUGGAGAAAAUUGUUGCAUAUGAAGCUGUGCAUCCAAUAAGCAAUCUUAUAGAUCUGAAGAGAAGGUUAGGAGUGGGUCGUCGCUGUUUUGGAUAUCUACAUCCAGCUAUACCCGGUGAACCAUUGAUUUUUAUCGAAGUUGCACUUUUGAAGGAUAUAGCUCAGACAAUUCAGGAAGUUUUGUGGGACAGUCCACCCACUCCUGAAAGUCAGGCGACAUGCGCGCUAUUUUACUCUAUAUCAUCAACCCAGCCAGGUUUGGCAGGAAUUAACUUAGGAAAAUUUCUUAUUAAACGCGUGGUUGAUCUCGUGAAAAGAGACAUGCCACACGUCUCUAUGUUCGCAACACUCAGCCCAAUCCCAGGUUAUAUGCAAUGGCUCUUGGCAAAGUUGACAUCUCAAAGGAAGCUUGCUGAAGCAGAUACUGUGGACGAACCUCAUUCUGAAGAAACUUCAAGUUCUACCUUCAGCGAAAACAUACUUCAACCAGAAGAAGAGACAGAGAUUUUGGGUUCAUCUAGUGGAUAUACUAGCGGAAGAAAUGGCAUGGACGUUAUGUGGAACUUACUAACGUCCACCAACUAUGAGUGGACCAGUUCUCCUAAAUUAAUGUCUGUAUUGCAACCCCCUCUUCUGCGGUUAUGUGCAAGGUACCUUCUUCUAGAGAAAAAGAGAGGAAAGGCUCUAGAUGCAGUUGCAAAUUUUCACUUGCAGAAUGGAGCAAUGGUGGAGAGACUAAAUUGGAUGGCAGAUCGAUCAGAGAAAGGCAUUUGUCAAAGUGGUGGUAUCAUGGUAAAUUAUGUAUAUAGGCUGGACAAAAUUGAGGAGAAUGCUCAGUCAUAUCUUAGUGAAGGGAGGAUCCAAGCGUCGUGUGACCUCCAGCGUUACGUAGAGGUAAUUGCAGUAUCUGUUGGUCUGCUACUGAAGUUCAUGAAAACUGAAACUAUCUACCUUUCUGUCUAUCUUGCAGAAGCAGCAGUAAGAAAUGGGAUUUUCAGAUGAAGUGAUUAGGGAAGCAAAUAUGUUUGUAAAAAUCAGAAAUGUUUCAGGUGACAUUUAACAUGUGUAUAUGAUUUUAUACACACAAUUUAAGUAACGUGUAUGACAGUAAAUUUACGAAAUGGCAGGAGUUACUCAAAUAUUUUCUGAGAUAUACAUGCUGGUCGAUUAUUUUUCA